GUGAAGGGACCGAUGGUGUCCGGAGCGGUGAAGGAAUCUGUCGCUAACACUCGAGGUUCCGAUCCUCAACAUGGACGCGCUGAACAAACUCAAGCAGUUCGACGCGUACCCCAAAACCCUGGAGGACUUCCGGGUGAAGACGUGGGGGGGCGCGACCGUGACCAUCAUCAGCGGCAUCAUCAUGCUGAUCCUGUUUGUCUCCGAGCUGCAGUACUACCUCACUAAAGAGGUUCACCCUGAGCUGUACGUGGACACGUCACGAGGAGACAAACUCAAAAUCAACAUUGACGUCGUCUUCCCACACAUGCCGUGCGCCUAUCUCAGUAUAGAUGCGAUGGACGUAGCCGGCGAGCAGCAAUUGGACGUUGAACACAAUCUGUUCAAGCAGCGGCUGGAUAACGAUCUGAAAGCCGUCACCACCGAGGCAGAUAAACACGAACUCGGUAAGGCUGACGAUGGGGAAGUGUUUGACCCGAGCACCCUGGACCCCAACAGAUGUGAGAGCUGCUACGGAGCCGAGACUGAAGACCUCAAAUGCUGUAACACCUGCGAUGACGUGCGGGAGGCCUACAGGCGGCGAGGCUGGGCUUUUAAAAACGCUGACACCAUCGAGCAGUGUAAGAGGGAGGGCUUCACUCAGAAGAUGCAGGAGCAGAAGAACGAAGGCUGCCAGGUGUAUGGCUUCCUGGAGGUCAACAAGGUGGCGGGAAAUUUCCACUUUGCUCCUGGAAAAAGUUUCCAGCAGUCGCACGUCCACGUGCACGCUGUGGAAAUUCACGACCUGCAGAGUUUCGGCUUAGACAACAUAAACAUGACCCAUCUGAUAAAACACCUGUCGUUUGGUAAAGACUACCCCGGCAUCGUGAACCCUCUGGACGACACAGACGUCACAGCACCACAAGCGUCGAUGAUGUACCAGUAUUUUGUGAAAAUCGUUCCUACGAUCUACGUGAAAACAGACGGAGAAGUGGUGAAAACAAACCAGUUCUCCGUCACCAGACAUGAGAAGGUGGCCAACGGGUUGAUAGGAGACCAGGGGCUGCCGGGGGUCUUUGUUCUGUACGAGCUGUCGCCCAUGAUGGUGAAAUUCACAGAGAAACACCGAUCCUUCACACACUUCCUAACAGGAGUUUGUGCGAUCAUCGGAGGUGUUUUCACAGUGGCCGGUCUGAUCGACUCGCUCAUCUACCACUCGGCUCGGGUCAUCCAGAAGAAAAUAGAGCUGGGCAAAGCGUCCUAGCACCGCCCCCCCACCCCCACCCCCCCGCUGGCCUCCACGAUGCAACACAGACCAAGACACGGAUAGAGAGACAGAAGGAAGAAGAAGAAGAAGAGGAGGAAGGUCGGAGGUGAAGAGGGAGAAGUUUGGAAACGGGAGCGAGUGGCUGGUUUUCCCUCUGUCUCCCUCUUCUGUCAUACUGAGAGAGAGAGA